AUGGAGCCAGAAGCCUUAGAAAUUUGCCCUUACAAUCCUCACCAUCGAAUCCCACUCAGCAGGUUCCAGUACCACCUGGCCUCCUGCAGGAGAAAGAACCCCAAGAAAGCCAAAAAGAUGGCCAGCUGCAAAUACAACGCCUGCCACGUGGUCCCCAUCAAAGAAUUGGAGGAACAUGAGGCUGCUUGUGUCAACAGAAGCUCUGUGGAAGAAGAGGACAGCUUCAGCUCUCUGAAAGUUGGUCUUCCAAGUUCAGAGCAGAAGGACAACUCCCUGAACACCUCCCCCUGGCUUCCCAACCCUGAUGUCUGGAAUACUUUUGUUCCCCAAAAGCUUGUUUGUGAGAGUGACACAAGAGAGUCAGAGAGAGAGGUGACUGCCCUCCAGAAGAUCCUCAGACCGGGAGAGUAA